AUGUCAGGCUCACUUUAUCCGGCCGCCGACUCAGGCAGUUCAGCAUACUCCACUUCUCGUGUCUAUUCCGAUUAUCCAAGCACACGGAACUUUCCGCCUGCGCAAUUUUCCGAUUCGGCUCUUUCCACAUCUUUGGGGGUCAUUACCUUCUUAACCGAUUGCGGAUUGGGUGAGUUUGAAAGUACGCCCAAAACGCUUUACAGGCUAAGGCAGGAGAUUGUAAACCUGUUGCUGCAUUGUCUUUAUGCCGACAAGGAGCUGUGCACAGACUACAUCCAGGCGUUUCUGAAGAGAACCCAUCUCCUAGUGGGGAAGUUGAUUGUUCCUGCUUUGAGAAGCUGUUUGGCCCACAUUUGCACGCCGACGUGCUCCAGUGUGAUUCGGGAGGCCUAUGCGCUAGUGUUGUUGGUUUAUCUGUUUGCCAAUCCUUUGAAACUAUCCAAAAUUCUCACCGACAAUUACAGUUUGCCCAGUCCGCAUGGAAUCAACGUCACCAGUUUGGAAACAAACUUGUUGCUCGAAACGGCACGCGACGUGCAAAAAGCCUUGUUCAAGUGUUCACAGAACUUGAAAGAGCCGACACAGCUUGGAGAUGGGUCUGCGAAAGAUGUGGAUUCAGAAGUGGAAGCAGAAGCCCGAAUGACUUCUCUAGAUUCGUCGCUGGACCUAGUAUCCCGGCUCAUUAUCACUGUCAUCACCAAUUCUGUCCCAACUAGUGUCUUGUUCUUAUACUAUAAGGAUUUGCUAGCGUCUGGCAACUUCACUCUUCUUGACUUUGAAUACUUCGAAGAGUUUCUCACCCACUUCUCCGCAGUUAAUGAUUUGGCCAUAAAGGCAUCACGCCCUAUUUUGUUUGAGCAUCAGAAAAGCUUGAUCAAAGACCACUUUCUCUCUAUGAUCGAAAGUUAUGCCUCCUACCCCGUUGUUUGGUGCACAUCAGAACAGGCUCUCAAUUACCUUCAGGUUUUCAUUGACAUCUACAACGAGGUAUACGGCAGUGAAGUCUCGGUUGAGAAAAGCCAGGGCGACGACGAUUCAGAGGAGUACACGGUGAUCAAGAAUAGGGAAUAUUUCCAGCCCUUGGACCGUGGCCACUACAAAAAAUACCUCGAAGAGGCACAAGCAGUUCCGGUUCCUGACUUCGUGAAUUUCUUCAAGGACGAAGAAUUAUCAGAAACUGUCUCUGAAUCGUAUCCAGAAGAAAGUUCUCCCAUCCCAGGAAUUUCUGUUGGCUUCACUUCCCCCUUCCGUAGCUUUGAAGAAAAAGACAUACGCCAAAUGAGAUUUGGGGUUACUGCUUCCACUGUUGAUUCGGUUCCUGCGAGUCAAUUGCAUCUUCACAUUUCACACUUGAACGACGCAGUGGCCGAGGAGGUCAGAGGACGGCGGUCGGAGUUUGAAGAAAAGCACGUUGAAAAUAGAGUGUUUUUCGAACCAAAAGUCGAGGUAAAGUGCUUCAAGUGCAAAUACAUCCCGUGGCACAAACACAAGAUCAGCUAG